GUUUACCCCUGUAUAACUCAGUUGUGUCACCAUCUUACCAAAGUCCACAUUGACGCAAAUGCGGAAGUCCAUAGGACGUCUCUGCAAUUUGUUGCUGUAUGAAGGUCUAUCUCUCAGGAACGCGCAGCUAGAAUGACCCCAUGGCUAAGAAGGUCAUGAUAACAUAUGCCUUAUGGGCCAUGGGUGGCCCACUUGGGCUUCAUCACAUUUAUUUGGGAAGAGACAGCCAUGCCCUCUUGUGGAUUCUCACCCUGGGUGGUUUCGGCUUCGGCUGGCUGAGGGAGUUCUUUCGUAUCCCAUCUUAUGUGAGCGAGGCCAAUCAUAAGGCAGAUGGAGCUCGCAUAAGACGUCCACCCGCAUCUCCGACAUCAGUAGGCCUGAUUCGGUUUACCGGUCAGGUUUGUGUUGGCAUUUACUUCGGCUGGGUUGCUUUAAUAAGCCUUAGUUCUCUACGUUUUUUCUACUUCCUUGUGUUGCCCCUGAGCAUAGGUGCAGGUGUGCACCUAGUGUCCUCUGUCGGCAAACAGACUUCUGACCUCCAGAAGACACUUGUUACAUGUAUCAUCACAUCCUCCAUCUUCUACGGGAGCACCCUCUCUCCACUGCCCAUCAGCCUAGCUGCAAGUGUCACGGCUGCACAACACAGCACGUUUAAACCAUUGCAGCCUGCAGGAUAUCCUCCAGAUCCGCUGGGACCUCGUCUGUUCCGUCUUAGUUUUGGCCUACUUGCUUUCUCCGCUCCGCUCGGAUACUGCGUCUUCCACAAUACCACAGCCACGCUGUAUUACAUAUCAGAAUGCAUAGCCGCCCUGCUGGAUUUCUUCUGGUUCUUUCCGUGGCUUAAAGGAGUCCUGGAGUUUUUUCUGUUGCUGCCAUAUCGUAUCCUGUGUUCCCUGACCGGAGGAGGUUUCUAUGAGGACAGCUGGAAAAAAAUGUUAGAAAUACUUCUUAAUGAAUACGGGAAAAAAGAAAAAGAGGCGCUAAAGAUCCUAUCAUUGCCCGAAGAGUCUUCUCCGGAGGAGAUCACUCGCAGUUAUAGGGAACUGGCUAAAGUGUGGCAUCCAGACCACAACCCCGAGAGACAAGCAGAAGCACAACAGAUGUUCAUUCAGAUCCAGGAGGCAUAUGAGUUACUUCUUCACAGACAUAAGCCACAACGAAGAAGAUGAUUAUCUGAUACCUUUUUAAGGGCCCAGAAUUACUUUUUACACCAAAUAUGUAGUGAUUUAUUUUUGCAGGUCUACCUGGAGUAAUGAAAUAAACUAUAUAUUUUCCCA